AUGGAACGCCUCCCCAAGCUUCGAGUGCUAAUGUUGAGGUCUAACAAGUUUGAUGGAAACUUAUCACAUGCUUCACCCAUGAAACUUCUAUUUCCAAUGUUACAAGUUCUAGAUAUAUCUCAUAAUGCAUUUGUUGGCUCUCUCCCGAAGAGAUAUUUCAAGAAUUUCAGAGCAAUGAAUGAGGUAAAGCAAAGAGAUGACACAAAGAGUUCCUUCGACAUAGAAAAUGAAAAAACAGAAGAUGACUGGUAUGAAGAUUUUGUGGAUAUGAUAGUCACCAUGAAAGGUCGGGAUCAGUUAUUGAAAAGACUAUUGGAAACGUUCACAACAAUUGAUUUAUCCUCUAAUAGUUUCUCUGGAACUAUUCCACCUUCCGUAGGAAAUCUUAAGAUUCUCAAAUAUUUGAACCUAUCCCACAAUAGCCUCACAGGACAUAUACCUUCAUCUCUUGGAAACAUGAGCCAACUCGAAUCGCUGGAUUUGUCAACAAACAAACUGGAGGGAGAAAUUCCGGGUAAAUUGACAAGGUUGACAUUUCUUGCAAAAUUAAACCUUUUAAUGAUAAAUCUUGUUGGGCAAAUGCCAUUGUCUAAUCAAUUCUCUACAUUUGAGAAUGAUUCAUACAUUGGAUACUUGGGAUUGUGUGGACUUCCGUUGACAAGAAAAUGCAAAGAUGAUGAUGGUCAAUUGAUGCAGCCUGCAGAAGAAGAGGGUGAGGAUGAAUAUGAAUUCAUAGAUGGAUUUGGUUGGAGAUGUGUUGUGACGGGAUAUGGAAGUGGAUUCGUAGUUGGGAUUGGAAUUGGUUACAUGAUUAUAAGGAGUGGAAGGCCAAGAUGGUUAGUGGAAUUCUUUUUCGGGGUUGGUUAUACAUAUAAGACGAAGAAGAGACACAACAGAGUUGCACCAACACGCAGGGGAACUUAG